CACACUAUAUGCAGCCAAGCCUAACAUGUCUGCUUACACGACUUGAGUCAAAAUAAAAAACAGGACUAUGCUGGGGUUCACACACUGCAGGUUGUGCUCACAAAGACACAAAGGUUCUGUAUGUCUUACAAAACACCCACACACAUACACACACACACACACACACACACACACAUAUUACAUAUCAUGGCGCCACCCAGAUGUGGUAAGUUUUUAUUCUCAACCAGAGCACUGCAUGAUAUUUCUGAUUUAUGGUUACAGUUUGAUUAGCUGUGCCAGGCCUUUGUUCGUAGUUGUUUGAAUGUAACUUCAAAUUCUGGCAGAAAGAUAUGUUUGUGUGUUUGUGUGUGUGUGUGUGUGUAUUUGAGGGCGGGGGUGAUUUUUGUGCAAGCUUAUUGGUUUUCUGUAGGACAAUAUGAUUAUUAUCUACUCUAGUGAAGUCAUCUGGUUGUACCUGUAUAUGUAUGUAUAUGUAUUUGUGUAUGACUUUGCGUCUGUGUGAUUUAUACGCUCUUGGCUGUGCAGCUUGCUUUUGUUAAAAGCAAAAAUUAAACCCAGGUUUUGAUCUGUGGGCCAUGCUUUUCUCCUUUUGUUCUUCCUUUAUUGUUUCUCCUUUAUCUUUGCUCAUUAAAGUCUAAUAAGGAAUUACAUGGAUGAAAAAUCCAUUUCUUCUCUUUCUUUGAGAAAGAGAGAGAGAGAGUGGGCAACAUCACUGUAUGGUGUUCGGUAGAAGUUAAAGGUUAGUGAUUGUGUGUUAUUUCUCCUGGGAUUCUGAGCCACUGUGGAAAAAGGCAGAGGGAAAACAUGAAAGAGCAGAAAAGAGAAGGGUUACUGGGUGAUAAGUGUGAUAAAAAAGAGACUGUGAAGAAAGCAAUGGAAUAAGGUUCUAGUUCAACUCCUGAAUGGUUGUUCAUUAGUGGACUUAAGUGUGUUAGAGCAUGGGAAACACUACAGUGAAGGACAUGGGGUACUCCAGGACCAGGGAUGUCAACCUGUGGAAUAAGGAAGAGGUGAGAGAUCUACAUUCAGAGAAAUAGAACAUUUACAUGUAUGGCAUUUGGCAGAUGCUCUUUUUCCAGAGCGACUUACAUUUAUCUCAUUUAUACAGCUGAGCAGUCGAGGGUUAGGAGCCGAAGAGCUGAAAGGCCCAGCAGUGGCAGUUUUGCAGUUAACUAGUGAGCUACAACUGCUAGGACAAAUUAAAUUAUUGUAAUCGUACAAGAGAUUAUAAUUAAUUUCCUUCUGUCCUCAUAUUUGUCCAACAUUAUGUACAUUUGAGUGUCCAACAAAUCAACAAACUAAUCACUCCUUUGCAAGUAACAAUGCACUAGCUAUGUUUCCAUCCAAGUUGCGAGUCUAACUUAUUCGAAAAAUUGCAUUAAAACAUUUGCGAAUAAAGCACCGUUUCCAUCCCAUGUGUCAAAGAGAACAAAAUCUUCACUUCCAGUGGAACCGGCACAUCUCGUUCUCCGUCAUUUUUACUUUUCUGAGCCAAUUAUCCAAUCACAUCAUUUGUUAAGGCAAAGUCAGAUGUUUUUUGUUGCGCAUUGAGGAAUUUAUUCGGUAAAUGUGUUUGCAUCGUAGAUUUUGUGCAUGUCUUCUUACCGAAUAAAAAAUAUAUCCGCCUCAAUUGAGCACUUACGUUUUUAUGUGUAUUUUGGAAAUUUUAUUUGCAUGUGGUGUUUCCAUCCAGUGGUGUUUUUUUUUUUUUUUUAAUGAGAUAUUCCAAAAUUCUCAUAUAAAUACGUGGAUGCAAACAUAGGUAACGAAGCAUUAUAUAAAUUGUAAUAAAAUAAAAGAUUCAUGCAAUUCUUAUCAGUCUGUACAGGAUUUCCUGGAGUAGUUUUGUGAUUGUUGCGGCCAAUAAUGUGUGAUUUUGCUGCAGCUAAUUAAAAAAUUUGUGAUGCAACUUGCAGAGUUUUUUGUGUUUUUUUUUUGUGGAAAACUACUUGAACUGGUGAAACUAAUGUAUUAACUGAAUAAUAGGUAAUAUCAGGAUGAGUUUUAUUGAUGGUACAAAUUGGGGAAAAUAAGAAGAAAAUCUAGGUUUUUCUUUUUUGCCUGUUUAGUUAGGGCUCACAGAUUUAAUGUGGAAUUCAAUUUGAUGCUCAAGGGAAGGGAGUGAAUCAAACUUCCAGUGCAGUCCUCACGAUGCAUGUCCCAGUGAAACCAUGCAUGGAACAUCGAAGCAUCAUUUUCUGCAAGAAUAAGGUUGUAUUUGUUUUUACAUUGACUGUUCUCAAAGAUGUGCUUUUCUGCUUUUCUUGAUCAGACCUGGUGGCCACUAAUCGUACCUCCAUCUUCACUGGCCUGCAUGGGGACCUGCAGCUGUCGGCCAUGUUUUUGGACGAGUAUCACGACAGGCUCUUUCUGGGAGGGAAGGAUGCUCUCUACUCUCUUAGACUGGACCACACACUCACUGAUGCUAAAGAGAUCCACUGGCCAUUGCCUGGGAACAGAGACGACUGUAUCUUAAAAGGAAAGGACCCAGAGACGGAGUGUGCUAAUUUCGUGCGUCUUCUACACCCCUUUAACCGGACUCACCUCCUGGCAUGUGGAACUGGAGCUUUCCGACCCGUGUGUGCUCUCGUUUACGUGGGACAUCGUGGCGAGCAUGCGUUCUCACUGGAGCCUUCCAGUGUGGAAAACGGUAGAGGACGAUGCCCUCACGACCCCAAACACCCGUUCGCCAGCACCUUCACGGGUGGGGAGCUGUACACAGGUCUGACGGCUGAUUUCCUGGGACGUGACUCUGUCAUUCUGAGGAGUUUGGGGCAUCGAUCUCCCACGAGGACCGAAACGGACCAGAAAGUAUUACACGAACCCAGGUUCGUGGCUGCACACCUCAUUCCAGACAGCGCAGAUAAAGAUGACGAUAAAGUCUACUUCUUUUUCACUGAAAGAGCGAGCGAGGCUAAGGAGAGAGAGGGAGAGGCAGCAAUACACACACGCAUUGGACGAGUGUGUGCGAAUGAUGUUGGAGGGAAGAGAGUACUAGUGAAUAAAUGGAGUACGUUUAUUAAAGCUCGAUUGGUGUGUUCUGUUCCUGGACCUCACGGCAUUGACACACACUUUGACCAGCUGGAGGACGUGUUUCUUCUGAGGACCAAGGAUGAAAAAAAUGCAGAAGUUUAUGCCAUUUUCAGCACCAUCAGCAAUGUGUUCCAGGGCUAUGCUGUGUGUGUGUAUAACAUGGCUGAUAUUCGUGAGGUGUUCAAUGGGCCCUUUGCUCAUAAAGAGGGACCGGAUUAUCAGUGGGGACCUUAUGAAGGACGUGUCCCAUAUCCCAGACCUGGAGUGUGCCCCAGUAAAAUCACUGCCCAGCCCGGCCGUAUGUUUGGCAGCACUCUGGAGUUCCCAGAUGCUGUGCUGCAGUUUGCUCGCUCUCAUCCUCUCAUGUGGCGGGUUGUGUACCCAACUCAGCAUCAGCCCCUGCUCUUACGCACUUCCACAUCCUACAAACUCACACACAUCACCGUGGACCGCACGCUGGCCGAGGACGGCCCUUACGACGUCAUGUUCAUCGGCACAGACGUUGGCACCGUCCUGAAGGUCAUCGCACUGCGCAAUGGCAACUCAAUCACCAGUGAAGAGAUCACGCUGGAGGAGCUGCAGGUCUUCAAAGUGCCCACUCCCAUCACCUCCAUGGAGAUCUCAGUGAAGCGGCAAUCUCUGUUUGUGGGCUCGAGUGCUGGCGUAGCGCAGGUUCCUCUGCAUCGCUGCAGCAUGUACGGUAAAGCGUGUGCCGAGUGCUGCCUGGCACGAGACCCCUACUGCGCCUGGGACGGACACACCUGCACACGCUAUUUUCCCAGUUCUAAGCGUCGCUACCGCCGGCAGGACAUCAGACACGCAAACCCAGCAUUGCAAUGCAAAGACCAGAACCAGAGUGUGGAAGAUGUGGACAUAACUGAAGUGCAGGUUGUGUACGGCACAGAGAACAACAGCACCUUUCUGGAGUGUGUACCUCGAUCUCCACAAGCCACCGUCACCUGGCACAUCCAGCGGGAUGAACAUCUGGAGGAGGUGGAGCUGGAUGAGCGAGUGGUAAAAACAGAAGAAGGUUUGCUAUUCAGGCGAGUGUUACGACACGAUGAAGGCGUCUACGUGUGCCGCUCUCGGGAACAUGGAUUUUCUCAGACGCUCUCACGUGUGUGGCUGGAUGUGUUACAAGGGGACACUCUGGCUGACUUACUGUCACAAGACAGUAAACACAAGGCUUGGUCUCCAUGUCCCUCCCAUACGGGCUCAGCUAACCGAACGCCAUCCAAGGGUUGGUUUAAGGAUGUCUUGCAGCUGAUUGGUCCAUCAAACCUUCCUCAAGUAGAACAAUACUGUGAGCGCGUCUGGUGCAAUGAAAAACUGCGGCGGAAGCACAAGAACAUGCUGGACAAAUACAGGCAAGCGCAAGAUGUAGCACGGAAAACCAGAGUCAGUAAGAACGUCGGGGAACGGCAUCGUAUGCCACGAGACACACACGCAGUAGAGUGACACACACACACACACACACACCUAGAGAUGAACUCAUGGACAAAGAAACGAGGGUUAGUAUAAUUUUAUAAAACACCUCUCAAGCUGAAAGACGUUGACAUUCAAACAUACAAGUGGAAUGUGUUUACUGUCUCCAGAACUCUGCAUAACUGUGGAGCAAAUUUUAUAUUACAUUUUCUUUAUUAACGUAUUAUUGCGAUGUCAUUUGUCAGAAUUUGACGACAGUUGACGUAUCAACAGAAGAAACAGACAAUAUCUGGGCGCACACACACAUAGACACACACAGACGUAUCCUUUUCCUCUAUAAAAAUUCAGUUUACUGUAGUUUUCUACUGUAUGUGCUGAGAAGAUCUGGGUGUGUUCAUAACAUCACUCUCAGAAGGCUGGAGUCAAGCCAAAUACCUUCAUGAUCAUCCAGGUUUUAAAAGCGCUUGCAGUAUUUGUAUUUUUGAUUUAUUUUAUUUUUUUUGGACCAACUUUUUAACCUGAACUUUUUGAAGCUGUAAUUUGCCUAUUUAUUUGGCUUUUACUGCAAGCUACUGGUUAUAAGUGGAUUAUUGUAAGGAAUAAAACAUGAUAGGGUGUGCAGUUAAGGGGAAAUUAUCAACAGUGGGGUGAUGUGGGGCUAGUACCAGUUGUGUAGUCUUGAAGUAUUUAAUUCCUCUUAUACCACAGCAAUUUGCCAACACUAACAAUGCUGUAUUUAUUUAAAAAAAAAAAAAAAAAAAAAAAGAAAAGAAAAAAGACACACCAUGCAUUAUAUCCGUUUAUAGUUACAUUUAAUGUUGUGGAUUGUCUGCAAAACAGGUUAGUUCUUGUUAUUACUUAUGUUAUUGUAGCUAUAAGCAGCUGUUUCCUUAUUAAGCCCCCUUUUCUAAUCCCUUUUUAAAUUAAUAAGAUAAGCGCAAUGUCCAUUGUCUGACUGAAAACCUUUACGAUGACUGUUACAAAGUGGUGACCCUGGAGACUCCUUCCAAAAAUGCUAAAAAAAACAUCUCCUUAAGAAAGUUCUCUCGUAUUAAUGAUUAAACACGUUGUUAAUCAUUUUAUGUGGAACGUCUGCCAUACAAGUCCCUGUGUAAAUUGUAAAUGAUGAUGUAUUCGAUUGAGCACAUUAGUAUAAAUCGUGCAACCAGGACUACUGUCCAAGCGACACUGUUAUAGAACAGCAUGUGAGAUUCGACUAUACAACAGUAUGGAAGCCCUAAGAGGCCAUAUGCAUUAUUUUUUUUCCCCCCCCGCUUUCUUGUUUUCUUGUGAUUUCGACAUAGCAAAAGUUGUUUUCUCACGACGUAAUUUUAUCACGAGAAAAUCACACGCCUUGUGAAUGGGACUGGUGUUGCAUGCACAUUGGCGUCUUCACCAUCACUAUCAUAAAUGUAAUAAUUACCCGCUGUAGAGAUGGACUUGAUCUCCGCAUUAAGAGAGAGGGGUGUGCUCUUCUCAAGUGUCGGGCACUAAUGUGGAAGUUGUCAGUCACUGACAGACAUAGACGUAUUUCAGCUUGAGUGAGUCCCUGAUCAAAGUAAAAAUGAAUUUGUUCAUCCACACUGUAAAACCGGAUAAGUUCAUUUAACUCAAAAAAUUUUAGGAAACUAAUUACCUCAAAAUUUUUAAGUUGAU